AUGGCGGUGGUCCAGCAGGCCUUACAAGGAUACCAUUAUGUUUUUGACGAAUUAUCAGACCCUCGGACAAAGGACUGGUGGCUAAUAUCAGGACCUGGCCCACUCCUCACAAUAAUUGCAACGUACCUCUACUUCUGCACAAAGGCAGGACCACGAUAUAUGAAGGACAAAAAGCCUUAUAAUCUAAAAGGAAUUGUGAUGGUCUACAAUAUUUUUCAGAUUAUUCUCAGUCUGUUCAUGACUGUUCUUGGUUUCUCUUUCUUUCUUUCUGAGAGUUAUGAGAACAAAUGCUAUUCCGUGGAUUACUCAGACAGCCCUAGAGCAAUGCUAUGGGCGUCAGGUGCUUGGUGGUUCUUCUUCGCCAAGAUCACAGAACUGUUGGACACAGUCUUCUUCGUUCUACGAAAGAAGGACAGACAGAUCUCCUUCCUCCAUCUGUAUCAUCACAGUAUAAUGCCCAUUAUUGGGUGGAUUGGAGUCAAGUAUGCCGCAGGAGGGCAAUCGAUUCCCGAGGGUUGUAUUAACGCGUUUAUCCACGUAGUUAUGUACACAUACUACUUGAUCUCCGGCCUUGGACCCCAGUACCAGAAGUACCUGUGGUGGAAGAAACAUCUCACUACUAUGCAACUGAUUCAGUUCUGCAUGAUCGUCUACUUGAAUGUCAACAGCCUAUUCUCAAGCAGUUGCAACUAUCCUAAGUACUUAAGCAUCUUUGUCAUGAUGAACUGUUUCGCAUUCUUCUACAUGUUUGGAAAAUUCUAUUACAACAGCUACGUGCAAGGAACCAAAAAACAUUUCGUACCCAUUUGUCUGAAGUCACAGUGA